GCUUGAUAUUGAUUCUGCUCUCUCUAUUUCAAUCGUACCACGGCAUUAUCAAGGAAUUUCCAGAGCCUGACCUAUUCAACCCGGGGAGUUAAAAAAUGUGUGUUGCUGUUUUCUCCGUCAGGGUUGUCACGAGCUUCGCAUCAACUGAUGCUUCCAAGACCUUCAAGCUGACACUGUGAGUCAGAUAACAAAAUUGGACACACCAAAGGAACAGAAGGCGCCAAGCAUCGAUGGUUAAUAAGGAAAGAGGUGAUAUGGAAAGCAGACGUCGUUGAAUCAGGGUAGCCGGAUUAAGGUUUAGAGGUUACUGUGAUGGGAUGAUGGGCAAGAGUCGACCAGUCUACCUCCGUAGUUCCAGAAUAUUUGGAAAGAUGAGUCUUUGGGUUUGACCGAAGAGUGCGUUCCAAGUGUCGAGGACAACAAUAGUAGUCGCAGUCCAGCAGGAAGCCACCCACAGGAAAUGUAGUAUAGAAAAUAAUUAGUAUUUAGAAACUAAUAUGUCAUGAUGAUAGACAUUGAGAUUCGUCAAAGUAAAGAGACACAAACAAUUCUGUAGUGAUUGAUGGAAAGGAAGUCGAACAAUCACGUGGGUCCGCUUCGCGGGUGGGUCACACCGUCUUGACGCGACUGGAGUUUGUCUCCUAGCUCCAAAGAAUUUCGGCCGGCCAUGAUAGCAUCCCGCAGCGGAAGCGACCUUUCUGAUCACAGCCAACAAACCCGUGCAGCCAAAAACAAAAGGAGACGCCGACAAUAUGCAGCCGACCAGGUGUCUACUCAAGCGAUCGGUGUGGAAGGGCCCGCACAUCGUCCCCCUUCCCAUUCCUAAACUCGCACCAGGCGUCACCCCCAGGCCCAUCAGGACACAGGCCCGUGCCGCCACGAUUCUGCCCAACUUUGUCGGUCUUAAAUUCCAGGUCUACAAUGGCAAGGUCUACCACGAGGUGCAAAUAACAGAAGAGAUGGUCGGACACAAGCUGGGAGAGUUUUCCCCGACACGGAAACCCUUCAUCUGGAACAAGAAAUAAACGCUCUACUUGAAAAGAGGCGUGUAACUGCGAACCAAUGCUACGAAUAUUACGGCGACGGUGCUGUGCCUUUUUUUCUUCUUCUCUGGUUUAGAAAUCUUGCAUUAGACGUCAUUACUUGUACUUUUAUUGUAUAUCCUGUGGACAUGGGGUCCAGCAAGAAAACGAGAGGUGAUGCCAGCUUCCUUUUAUUUCCCAGGUAUCUCCCUAUCCAGAGAGUGAUGCUCACCAAGUCGCUGCGCAAGGGUACGUAUUGAACUAGGACCGAAUAUGCACCGUUUGGUGACUAACAAGACAAGAAAGAAGAAAGAUAUGCAUAUUGAUAUCUGUAAAAAAAAACCCAAAUUUAUAACGCCAAAGCCCCAGCCCUCCAAAGACACCAGAAACGCCAGAUGCGUGCAGUAGUAAAGAAAUGUAAAGCAAAUAGAUGAAAGCCUCCCAUCGAAAUUUCCCCUCCACACAUUGGCCACAUUCACCUGUAGAACUCACUCCUCUUGACGUUGACGCCAUACUCGCCGACUGCCAUGCCGAGAUCCUCCAUGGUCAGCACAGUUCUGUUCUGGCCGCCGCCCUGGCCACCGCCUCCGUAGCCGGGCCUCUGCACACCGAGCGGCGGGCCGCGACCGGUAUCCUUGCCACCGGUGCCUCCUCCACCACCUGCGCCGCCCGCACCACCCUGGACGCCGCCCGGCUGGCCGGGGACGGGGAAGCCGGCGGCGGCGCCGAGGUGGCCCAUGGGGUUGUUGCUGGCCGACGAGUUGGAGGCGCGGAUGCGGCUGUACUGGUAGGCGUCGGCCGCGAUGUCGGCGAUGAACUUUUGCGUCGCCAACGCCAGCAGCCGCGCGAGGCGCUGGUCCGUCUGCGGAGGUGGCGGGAGGCCCGCCCGCGUCAUGUAGUAGUUUGUCACGGCGUCGGGGAUAAUUGGUGCAUAGUCGUCCAUCUUGGCCAGGAAGUCCUUCAAUGGUAUGUCCUUGCGCGUCACGGCCUUGGGCUCGGGCAGAGGCGCCGGCUGUUCUUCUUCAGGCUGCUGUUGCUGCUGCUGUUGCU